AUGGAGAAUACUCAGAAGGUGGCCACUGCAACAAAGAAGCUCAUCAAUGAUCCAGAUAAGGCCGUAUCGGAAUCACUCGAUGGGUUUAUUUUACUUAAUCCUCAUCUAAAACUACUGCCUCCAAGUACAAUCAUCAGGCAGAGCAAGAAAUCACGAGUGGCAGUCCUGUCUGGUGGCGGAUCUGGGCACGAGCCAUCGCAUAUUGGAUUUGUUGGAAAUGGAAUGUUGGAUGCAGCUGUGUGUGGGAGUGUCUUCUCGUCUCCUACUUCCAUGCAGGUCACGGAAGCUGUGAAAGCUGUAUCUACAGGGAGAGGGAUCCUCAUGAUUGUGAAAAACUAUACAGGAGACAGAUUACAGUUUGGUGUUGCUGCUGAGAAUUUGAAACGUCUCUCAAAAGAAGCUGUCGAGAUGGUCAUUGUCGCUGAUGAUUGUUCUAUUCCACGUUCACGAGUCGGAGGUGCCGGUAGAAGAGGUCUUGCUGGAACAGUGUUUGUACAUAAAAUCGCUGGAAGUGCUGCUCGAAGUGGCUUGCCUUUGCAAGAAGUAGCUCGCCGAGCUACGUUGGUCAGUAAACUUAUUGGAACUGUUGGAGUAGCUCUCUCUUCGUGCUCAGUACCAGGUCAACCAUCAACAUUUGAAAUUGGUGCAAAUGAGAUUGAGUUGGGACUAGGGAUACAUGGAGAGCCAGGAUACGCUCGAAUACAGAUGGCAACCUCAAAACAGAUUGUGCGAGCUUGCCUGGAUCGAAUCUUGGAUCCAUCCGACGAAUACCAUUACUUGCAACUCUUUCAGGACGAUCUGAUAGCUCUUAUGGUGAACAAUAUGGGCGCAACGAGUAUUUUGGAAAUGGGUAUCGUCGUCAACGAUGCAGUACAGUAUCUUACAGGUCGUGGAUAUGUGGUUGUGAGAAUAUACAGUGGUCAUUUCAUGACAUCACUCGAGAUGCAAGGAGUAUCACUCUCUAUUCUACGUAUACCAGAAGGAUCUGAAGGCGAUACUAUACUCGCCUCACUCGACGAGCCAGUGGAGUGCAGUUCUUGGAAGCAGCCAGUGCUCUUUACAAAUAUUGUGAAACCAAGCGAAUCGUUCUAUCCAGCACCAUCAGCCGCUGAAUCAACAACAGAGGCAGAGACGUUCACACCUGUAUCCCGUGAAGCAUUAAAACUUCAUCAGAUUAUCACGACCAUAUGUGAAUCUCUUAUAAGUAAUCGUGAUAGGUUGAACGAGUUGGAUAGGUUGGUUGGAGAUGGUGAUUGUGGGUCUACUUUAUCAACGGCUGCCAAUAGUCUACUGGAAGUGUUGGGAGGGAAGGAUGUUGGCGGUGAAGUGUGGGAGAGUGGUAUAGAUCUCGACUCUCCACUAGAUAUCUUUCACAAGAUUGCCGAAACUUCCGAAAAACACAUGGGAGGGACUAUGGGCGCUUUUUUCUCAAUCUUUUUCAACGCUGCUGCGAAUUCAUGGAAGUCGGAAUUGCUUUCUGUCGACCAUCUUACAAGCCUCACCAUCACGAAAGCUUUCGAAUGGGGAUUGGCUGCUGUGGAGUCGUAUGGUGGCGCCAAACUUGGUGAUCGAACACUGAUUGAUGCUCUGAGACCUGCUCUAGAAGCAAUGUCAAUAGCUUCAGGUCUAGAUGCAAGUACCAAGGAAAUACUUGAUCAAGGAAUAUUGGCAGCUCGUGUCGGCGCUACAGCGACCUCCCAAAUGCCAACAGCCAAGUUUGGAAGGAGCUCUUACAUAGGCAAGAGUUUGGCGGGAUCCCCAGAUCCAGGUGCUGAAUCGAUUGUUAUUAUAUUGGAAGCUAUUGCAGAAGCUAUGACCGAGUAG